AAAGUUUGGGGCGUUUCUCCUGUCCACGUAUUCUUAUCUUGUUUCCUAUUAAUCGCUUCAAUCCGAAAAAAACAUGAAUACGUCUUCAGGUCAUGUCAAGUUUACAAUAAUCAGAACGGAAUAAACGAUAAACCUCGAUUGCACGCAGUGAAAUGCUAAUUUGUAUCAUUGUUGUCGAGAAGACCCUACACAGAUAAUUAUUUUUCUCCGAUCGGCGACAGUGAAAGGUUUCUCAACCAUCAACCCGAACGCAAAAUAGUGCAACUCCUUCAGAAACAAUGUAAGUUUAUCUUAUCGCUUCGAAUAAUUUAUUACAAUUAGGCACAUGGUAUUGAACUCUGCGAUAACUUAUUGCACAGCCAAAGAUUCCAAGUGCCUUUUCGGAAGACCCUUGAAGCCACUCGACCGCUUUUUGCAACCAUGACUGGAAUCUCGAGACUCCUACGGAGAUUUUCCACCGAAGUUGGCCGGUUUGCCAAGCAAGCUAGUCAUCCCAACGUUGGACUUUUCAACCACCUGAAAGGCAUUAGUGUGGUCAAUGGAGAUUUUAAGAAUUUGUCACCGAAAGUGCGGGCCUACGUUGAAGAAAACAUUGACUUGUGUCAACCCGAGAAGAUACAUAUUUGCGAUGGGACCGAAAAUGAAAACAACCAUCUACUCAAUCUGAUGCAGCAGCAAGGUACUAUUGUACCUUUGCCUAAAUACCAGAAUUGCUGGUUGGCUCGAACCAACCCCGCUGACACUGCCCGUGUUGAGUCAAAAACAUUCAUAUGUACUGAAAAAAGAGCCGAAACUAUACCCACAACCAAAGAAGGGAUUAAAGGGACUUUGGGCAACUGGAUGAGUCCAAGAGACAUGGAUGUUGCUGUUAAGGAGCGUUUCACUGGUUGUAUGAAGGGCAGGACCAUGUAUGUCGUGCCCUUCUCGAUGGGCCCCGUUAGUUCGCCCCUGGCUAAAAUCGGGAUUCAAUUAACCGACUCCGCCUACGUAGUGGUGUCCAUGAGAGUUAUGACCAGGAUGGGUCAAACCGUUUUGGACAAACUCGCCGAUGGUACGGAUUUCGUCCGUUGCCUUCACUCGGUCGGAACCCCUGCUAAUGGUUUCAUUGAAAUGAAAAGUUGGCCUUGCGACCCAGAACGUACCAUAAUCCUCCACAAACCACAAACCAACGAAAUCGUCUCUUACGGAAGCGGCUAUGGCGGAAACUCUCUUCUGGGCAAAAAAUGUUUUGCUCUUAGGAUUGGCUCGACCAUCGCCAAACGUGAAGGUUGGCUAGCUGAACACAUGUUGAUUUUGGGCAUUACCAACCCUGAGGGCAAAAAGCGCUACAUCGCAGCUGCUUUUCCUUCUGCUUGUGGCAAGACCAACUUAGCCAUGAUGACUCCAACUCUCCCAGGAUACAAAAUUGAGUGUGUUGGAGAUGACAUCGCUUGGAUGCGUUUUGAUAAAGACGGCCAACUCCGAGCAAUCAAUCCAGAAAAUGGCUUCUUCGGAGUGGCCCCCGGAACAUCAAACUCCAGCAACCCCAUCGCCAUGAAAACAAUUUUCCAAAACACAAUCUUCACAAACGUUGCCUCCACCAGUGAUGGCGGAGUCUUCUGGGAGGGCAUGGAGGACGAAAUCGACCCCAGUCUUAAAAUCACAGACUGGCGUGGCAAACCCUGGGUCAAAGGUGAAAGCAAGACUACAGCCGCCCACCCCAACUCCCGCUUCUGUACUCCAGCCAAACAGUGUCCGAUCAUUGACCCCAACUGGGAAGCACCUGAAGGAGUCCCAAUCUCUGCAAUUUUAUUCGGAGGAAGACGGCCCUCAGGUGUACCACUCGUGUACCAAGCCCGUGAUUGGAAACAUGGUGUCUUGAUCGGAGCUACCAUGAGAAGUGAGGCCACCGCAGCAGCUGAACACAAAGGCAAGGUCAUAAUGCACGACCCCUUCGCCAUGAGGCCCUUUUUCGGGUAUAAUUUCGGCCAUUACUUGGAGCAUUGGUUGAGCAUGAAACAACGUUCAACUAACCUCCCAAAAAUCUUCCAUGUGAAUUGGUUCAGGAAGGGCAGUGAUGGGAAAUUCCUAUGGCCCGGUUUUGGAGAGAACUCCAGGGUCUUGGAUUGGAUUUUAAGGAGGUUAGAUAAUGAAGAUUGUGCGAAGGAAACCCCGAUCGGAUAUUUGCCCAAACCCAGCGCGAUUAAUAUGCAAGGCUUGAAAGACAAGGUCAAUGAAGAGGAGUUGUUUAGUCUCCCUAAAGAUUUCUGGAUGGAAGAAGUGUAUGCCAUUGAGAAAUAUUUCAAUGAACAAGUCGGAUCGGAUCUGCCGGAAACUAUCACACAAGAACUUAAACAACUGAAGAAAAGAGUUAAUGACAUGUAGAUUUAUUCUUAAAUCUCACUUUUAAACAUUUAUUGUAAUUAAUAAACGUAAAUUUUUUACUAGGCUUAGUUUUAUAUCAAAGUAUUUUAUAAGAGAUUAAUUUUUUAUACAUGUUUUAUUAAAGGUAUUCUGAAUAAAUACUUUCAAAACCA